AUGGCACCCAAAUUGGCUGGUUCAACGAAAAAGAACAAGAAAGUCAUGUUUCAAGAACCGACUCAAUCCGUAAAUGCAACACCGACUCCGAACCCAUCUAAAAAUCAACAAUCCGAUACCAACAUGCUAUCGGACAACGAUCCACCAACCACCCGAGUGGAACAAUUAUGCCUGGCUCCAGCGAAGAAGAGAAAGGCUCCAUCCGAACAAAGCGAAGGAGACGACGAACAGCCUCAAACGGAAAACGACGAGGUUGAUCAACGUAAUAAACAAGCGGAUAAUCUCGAAAAGUCGGAUUACUCAAAAUGCUACCCACCUUUUGGCAGCAUCACUUAUAAAGUGGUGGAUCCUUUGAUUGAUGCAGUCCCUGGAGUGCGCUUUGCGCCUUUUGAAUGGUUACCGACGCAAGUCAGAUUGUGGGCUCAACAUGCAUUAAAGAUGGAAUCUUGGAUCAAAAAAGACGAUAAUGCUUCAAAAUAUCUCGUCGUGACAAUUUUGAAACCUUUGCCUAGUUUGAAUGGUGGCUCCGCGCAAAUGAUUGCAGAAAUCCUUGACUUGUGGUUGGAUAAGGGAGACGUCCGAGCCAACAAUGCUGUGAAGCGUAUUCCAGUAGGAGAUGGUGAUGAUAGACGUUUUUAUCUAGUCACGUUAAAAGACAAGAAAAUGCGAAAGGACAUCGUUAAGUUUAAACGCAUGGACAGAGGGGUUUUUGUCAGUACGGCGGGGACACGUGGGGCAUUGUUACUCUUUGAUGUCGUUGUACCUGUGGAAACGGCUCCAAGAAUGGGAAGUGUUCUUAUGAGCAUUGAAGGACUUCAACGUGUUGAGAAGCCAAAUUGGGUGAAACUAUGCUUAGACGCUGUCGAAGCCUAUGUUCCAAACAGAAAGUACGAAAUAACCAAAAUGAAGGAUAGCGGAUCCGUCCAACGUCCGGAAUUAACUGGAACUUCUGGGAGGAUCAUGGAAGUGGAAUUCAAUCAAUCUGCAGAGUUGUUGGAUCAAUGGCUAUCAAAAGAAGGUCCUAAUGGUUUUUGUCUUAUGAUGAUGGGGUGGAAAUGCACCGAGAACUCAGUGAAAAUCUUGCAGAAUGAACUGAAUUCGACGUACUGGUAUCUGCUCCCGACUUGUAAACUUGUGGUUUAA